CUUUCAUUUUUUCCUUUACCUAAAGUUAGGGUUUUUGUUAAACUUGUGGGGGUCACCCGACUGUCUCUUAAAAUACAUUAGGUGGUACGUUCCGGUCUCGAAUCGAUGCUCGAAUCUCCUAAAAGUUUCCAACUGCGACGCGCGGAUAUAAAUCCACUGAAAAUACGAGAAAAUGGUUUGACUCGAUGCUAAUUUAUUACCGCAACGCUUGGGUGCCAACCAAAUUGUUACAAAACUCGAACCGAACUCACAAAGACAUCAUUUCCCGAUCGGAAUUUAUAAGGUAUCGGGUUUUGUGUUCUCCAAACGGCCACAAAUAAAAUCCACAAAUUGCAAACGAAUUUAUUUUAUCCAAACUUUUCAUAUUUGCGAUGCGGUAAAAACUUGCUUGAUAAAUACUUGGCGGGCGUUUUUAGCAGUAGUUUGCUGGUUUCGUGCCACAAAGCAACGGAAAAUGAAGCAAAAGUUGCAGAAAUGCUUGUGUUUUUCCAAGGAUUUCACGCUGGCUGUCAGACUUAUUGCUUUCGUCGGAAUUGCCGUUUCCGUGUUGUUGAUAACUGUUUUGCUGAACGAUUUGACGGCAAAAAAAUUCCAUAUCAGUAGAAAUGUUGCCCUAGCUUUAGGGCUGGACUGGAGACAUAUUGAUUAUAGAGCUAAUACUUCCCCACAAUCUGAUCCAGAAGGUAAAAUUAUCUUCGCUCUUAUUAUUUCCUACACACUUUUAUUUUUUGCAACCAACGUAUUAUUGUUUUUGGGCGCAAUCUGGGAAAAAUUCUUGUUUGCGAUCCCUUGGCUAAUUUGCGAACUUCUUGGUUGCAUCUCGAAAUUUUCUGCUUUAAUUUUCCACUUAAUUGUGGAAAAGGAUAAUUUGAGUCACCUCUUUCUUAUCGGUUCCACCAUUUACAUUCUGGUGAUGAUUUGGUGGUGGUUUGUGGUUUUUACCGCUCAAAAAACCUGGCAAAGGACGAGACAUCCAGAGCCCGAAGUCACAUUUUCGAUGAACGAAACCGAAUUUAAUUCAAUUUUGUUAAAUUCUCCUGAACCGUACCGUGCUAAUAGCUUAUACACCACUAUGUAAAUUAAAUUUGUUGUUUGUGUUAUAA